AUGGUUGUUAGAAAGAUAACACUCGAUAAGAUAUGCUCGUCGAGCUAUGAUGAUUUAGAUGCUGUUAAUGAUUAUAUAUUAGCAUGUGAAGAGGAUGAUGUAGAUAUAAAAGCCAUUUCUGAAGAAAAUGACCAAGACAAGAAAGUAGAAAAAGAAAUAAGAAGAUACAAGCCACAAAUGAAUGAAGAAUUAGAGGAUAAAUGUACUCUUAAGCAGACAGUUAAAAAAAUAAAUGAUAAUGCGAAUGUAGAAAAAAGAAGUGAAGAUAAAACAAUAUUGACAGCUAGAAGCGAUGAUUUGAGUGAGAUUUAUCAAUUUUCAGCAAAGAAACAAAAUUAUAUUGCCAAGCAAGAUAAACUUAAUUCAAGCGAACGAGAACAAAAUGAUGCCCAUGAAAGUAUACUUGCCUGUGUCUCGACCGAAUCCAAUAUAUAUUCUAUUACCUUAUUUGAUAAUUCAACAACCAUUACUAAUGAAUCAAUAGAAAAGCUACCGGAAAAUUUAAAAGCAGUUGAUAGUGAGCAGGACUCACUCUGUUCAUUAAAAAAAGUUUGUGAAAUGCUAAAUGAACAAUGUGUUUCCAGUGAAAAUGGCACGGAACAGUCCAAAAUACUGCCUUAUAAAGCUAUUAUUAAUAAUACUACAGAACUACAAGAAGGAGACAAGCAAAAAAAAAUAGAUACGUUAUUUCUAAACAUGAUAAAAUAUUAG